AUGAAUAAGUCUACAAGUUUGAAGGUGCGGCUGCCAGUCUUCGUGCUAGUGUUGGAGGUCGUCAUUAUAGCUCUUUAUGCUGCCUUUGUCACCUACGACGACAAUGCCAAUGCUAAGUUUCAAAACAAUGAAACCAACCCAAUGGAGAACUCCGUGUAUCGUGACUACCCCUACUUCGCCGACGUGCAGGUGAUGAUCUUCAUAGGCUUCGGCUGCCUGCUGGCCUUCUUCAGAUUCUACGGCUUCAGUGGAAUGGUCUUCAACUUUCUUACGGCUACAUUUUCAAUCCAGUGGGCGAUCGUGAUACAAGGUUUCUUCCAGUUUAACUACGGCGGGAAGAUUCACCUGGGGGUGAUCAACCUGCUGUAUGCAGAGUUUGCCUGUGCUGUGGUGCUUAUCUCUUUUGGAGCCGUGCUUGGGAAGACGAGUCCUGUUCAGCUCCUGGUCAUGGCUUUGCUGGAGAUCCCGAUCUUUUCUGUGACAGAGUGGGCUGUAUUGAAAUACAUUAGGAUCAAUGAUGCAGGGGGCAGUAUUCUUAUUCACCUGUUUGCCUGCUACUUUGGUCUAGGGGUGACAUUUGUGCUGUACCGGCCGAGUCUGAAUAAAGGACAUGCUAAGGAGAUCACCAGUUAUUCUUCUGACAUCCUCUCUGUAAUGGGAACCCUGUUCCUCUGGGUGUUCUGGCCUUCAUUCAACUCUGCUCUGACCAUUAAGGGUGACGAUCAACACAGAGCAAUACUCCACACUUUUAUAGGUCUAAGCUCGUCCACCAUCACAGCCUUCGCACUCUCUGCAGUGUUCAAUAAGAGAGGUAAGCUCACGAUGGCUGAUAUUCAGAAUGUGACUCUGGCUGGUGGUGUGACUGUCGGGGCUUCUGUGGACAUGAUGAUUUCUCCUGUAGCUGCAUACGCCCUGGGUGUCAUGGGUUGCACUGCCUGUUUCUUUGGCUACAAGUACCUGACACCCUUUAUGGCCCAACGCCUGAGGAUCCAAGACCAGUGUGGUAUUCACAACCUUCACGGGCUUACCGGCCUCAUAUCAUCCAUAGCAGGCAUCUGCGCUAUCAUCCUAGCCACUGAGGAAACCUAUGGGCCCAGCAUGUACCAAAUCUUCUCCCAUCGUGCUCCACCUGAGGAAGAUCCAAAGUUUCUGGAGCUGAAGAAGCUGAUUCCAGAGCUGAAGCCGGGUUUGGGUCGGACCGGGCAGGAACAAGCUCUCUACCAGGUGGCAGCUAUCUUCUCCACCAUUGCAGCAGCUUCAAUUGGCGGGCUGCUCACCGGUUUUGUCAUGAAGCUGUCUUGUAUGGCGUCGCCAUCUGACGAGGACUGCUUUGACGAUGAGCUCUUCUUUGACAUGCCCGCUGACUUUAGCAGCGCGGAAUUUAAGAUGCCCAUGAACCACGAAGAUAAAGAACAAAUGAGCUCUGAGAACACCAAAGUCUGAGCUAUCACACAGAGACAUUCAAAUUUUUAAAUUAUUGUCCUAACAGCAUUACAACAAAAGUUCACAAAGUAAACAGGUGUUUCGCACUUGUUUGCAAGUGUUAAAUAUGUGUGACUUAUUAUGAUACCAGUUGCAGAGAUAAGAUAACUGGGAUUUGAGCCAUUUACCAAGAGCUGUUUAAUGUUGCAGAGUGGAGUCAUGAACGUAAAAUAAGAAAAUACGACAUAUUGAAAUAACGUGUAAUGUAAUAAAUUAUAUUACAUACUUGGAAAUUCCAUUGGAAAUAAAUAAUUAAGAAUACACAGAUGUAUUUUUUAUUCUUCUUAUUAUUUUUAUCAUGCUGUGCACAUUUGAAUAUUCAAGCUAUGCUCUCACAGAUUGAUGCU